AUGUCUGCAUUAGAGAAACUGAAAUUACUUAUAUGGAAAAACAUCCUACUUCAAAAACGACACAAAUGGCAAACAAUUUUUGAAAUAGCAUCACCAGUGAUAUUCUCAUUGUUUUUAAUAUUAACAAGAUGCCUUGUGAAUCCUCAAUCAAAACCAGCAAUAUCUUAUCAGUCUUUUCAACCUACAUACUUUAAUAUAAGUGGAAGAAAUCUGGGAAAUCUCACUACAGCUAAAACAGGAACAUUGGCAUUUUCACCUGAGAAUCCUUUAACUAGAAAUGUUACUAGGGAUGCAAUUGCUAUGGUGGCUGAUGAUAAUUUCAGCUUUCUAUUUUCAUUCUUAUUUGAUUCUAAUGUGCUACCUCAACCUAAAGGCUAUAAAAAUGCAAAUGAUAUGGAGCUGGCUCUCACACAACCCAAUGCUAUGAACAAAAUACUAGUUGGAAUCCAAUUUGAUGAUGCAAUGGCGAAUGCAACCGAAUGGCCGGACAAUAUAACCGUCACGUUAAGGUUUCCAGCUGUGAUGAGGACUCCCAUGGUGGAACAUCCUAUAAGAGCUAGUUGGAGAACUAAUUUAUUGUUUCCACUAUUUCCUCGGCCCGGGCCGCGUGAUGCCGAAGACAUGUACGGAGGCAAAACACCUGGUUACUCGCCAGAAAUGUUCUUGGCUGUUCAACAUGCGAUAUCACAAGAGAUAAUAAAGCACAAAUCAGGCAAGCCCAUCAAUACUAGGGUGUACCUCCAGCGUCUGCCCCAACUCGCAUACAGGGACGACCAACUGCUGAUCGCACUAGAGCGAUUUGUGUCUAUGAUAAUCAUGUUGUGUUUCGCUUAUACAUUCGUCAAUACUGUCAGAGUCGUCACAGCCGAAAAGGAAUUGCAACUCAAGGAAACAAUGACUAUAAUGGGCCUUCCGUCGUGGCUUCAUUGGCUGGCGUGGUUCAUCAAGCAGUUCUCAUUCCUUCUCAUCUCUGUCAUACUUAUAGUCAUCUUGUUAAAGAUACCGUUUAACCGCACUAAGGACGGCGAGGGCUACGCCGUGCUCACGUUCAUACCUUGGUCGGUGCUUCUGUUCUUUAUGCUGCUGUAUGUGAUAGCAUCGUUAGCGUUCGCUUUUAUGGUUAGCGUUUUCUUUACGAGGGCCAAUACCGCAGCAUCGUUUAUGGGACUAGCGUGGUUCUCGACUUACGCCGUAUUUAUGCUAACACAAUCUCUGUAUGAAGACAUCAGUCUGUCUACAAAGCUGGCCCUCAGUCUCAUAUCAAACACGGCCAUGGGCUAUGCGUUUCAAAUGAUCAUCAUUUGUGAAGGGACGUCCAAAGGGUUGCAAUGGAGCCAGCUGUUCACGCCAAUAUCGUACCACGAUCAGUUCCAGCCGGGCCACGUAGUACUCAUGUUGAUACUAGAUACUAUUUUGUACAUGUUGAUCGCCAUGUACGUGGAGAAAAUACGACCUGGCUUGUACGGAGUGCCUUUACCAUGGUAUUUUCCUUUCACAAAGCGUUUUUGGAUGCCGAAUAGAUCCAGAAUUGAUGUGUCGAGAAGAAAAGAAGUGAGUGACACGGCAUAUAAUGACGCUCUGCUGAAGGUGGUACACGAUGAGGAGCCAAAGGGGGUCUCCAUGGGCGUCAACAUUCAAAACUUAAACAAAAUUUAUAAAGGCCGCAAAAAAGCUGUCGAUAACUUAAACUUAAGAAUAUACGAAAAUGAAAUCACAGUACUGCUGGGUCACAACGGAGCUGGAAAAACCACAACAAUAUCAAUGCUUACGGGUAUGGUGCCACCGACAUCUGGUUCGGCCACAAUAAACGGGUAUAAUAUAGUAACAGAGACUGAACUAGCACGAAAAUCACUCGGUAUUUGUCCGCAACACAAUGUCCUCUUCCCGGACCUCACGAUUGCGGAACAUAUUAUAUUCUAUUCUAGAUUAAAAGGCGUGUCCCAAAAUAACUUAAAAAAGGAAGUGGAUCACUUCAUAAAGGUGCUAGAGUUAGAGGAGAAGCGAGACGCGUUGUCGUCGACGCUGUCGGGCGGGCAGAAGCGGCGGCUGUCGGUGGGCUGCGCCAUGUGCGGCGCGUCGCGCGUGGUGUUGCUGGACGAGCCCACCUCGGGGCUCGACCCCGCGCGCCGCGCGCUCUGGGACCUGCUGCAGAAGGAGAAGAGAGGACGCACCAUGAUCCUCACCACGCACUUCAUGGACGAGGCGGACGUGCUGGCGGACCGCAUCGCCAUCAUGGCGGGCGGCCGGCUGCAGUGCGUCGGCACGCCCUACUUCCUCAAGCGGCACUACGGGGUCGGCUACAAGCUCACCGUUGUCAAGGACGAAGGCUGUGUCGUUGAUGACGUCACCAGGUUUUUCAAAUCUCACGUGCCUGAUCUUUCCGAAAAUACGAAUAUAGGGUCCGAAUUAACUUACAUUUUACCGAACGAUUAUGUCAGUAAAUUUCCUGAUUUGUUAAAAGAAUUGGAAGACAAAAAAGAUUCGUUACAUAUAUCAAGCUACGGCCUCUCAGUCACCAGUCUAGAGGAAGUAUUUAUGAAGGCUGGUGCCGAAGACUGCACAGAGAAUUCUUCAGCAGUCAGGAACAAUCACAUAGUAACUUACAAUGAGAGUGCUGUUGUACCGAUGGAUGGAGAGUUUCACGAAUCAAUGGACAGCGAGCCUAUAGAAAAAGUGCGGGGUUUCAAACUCCUUAAAAAUCACAUAAAAGCUAUGUUUUUAAAGUUGGCAUAUAACACGAUGAGGAAUAAACUAAUAGCAUUCAUACAGUUUGCGAGUCCGGUUAUCAACAUUAUCCUGUCCGUCAUAAUAUCAAGAUCAUGGAAGUUCAUGUCGCAACUACCCGCGCUGACGCUCAGUUUGGAAAGCGGUUUCAAGACUACACAAACAAUUAUGGCCCACGCAAAUAAUUUUGCAGACGGCACAUUAGAAGCAAAAACUAUGCUAGCAUACAAAGAUUAUUUUAAAUCUUCGCAGUACCCCGGAAUGACCAUCACGGAUGUCGGCACAAUGGACCUGGGGAAAUUUUAUUUGAAACUGAGCGAAAAAGACUUACCACGUGUUCGAUAUGAAGUGCUGACCGGGGCCACGUUCGGCCAACACAACAUCACGGCGUGGUUCAGCAACUACGGCUACCACGACUCCGCCAUAUCGCUGGCGCUCGUCAACAACGCUAUGUUGCAAGCUGUCUCCCCCGGCAGCACUCUCAAAAUUGUCAAUCAUCCACUGCCAUACUCUAUAGAGAAUUUGGUUCGAGUUAUGGCGACCGGUAGCAGUAUGGGUUUCCAGUUCGCGUUUAACAUUGGUUUUUGCUUGGCCUUCGUAACAUCAUUUCUAGUACUGUUUGUUAUCAAGGAGCGCAUAAGCGGUGCGAAGCUAUUACAACGCGUGUCCGGCGUCCGGCCGGCUAUCAUGUGGGGCACUGCCCUGCUGUGGGACUGGGUGUGGUUGUUCCUGGUAUACCUGUGCAUUAUACUGACGCUCGCCUGCUUUCAGGAGAGCACUCUGGCCACGCCAGAGGAAUUAGGCAGAGUGCUACUGGUUUUGGUGGUAUUCUCAUUGGCCACAAUACCUAUACAUUAUCUGGCAUCAUUCUGUUUUGAAGCAGCUGCAACAGGAUUUUCAAAAAUGUGUUUUAUGAACAUAUUUACAGGAUGCAUGCCAUUUUUAAUAACCGAAGUCUUGCGCCUGCCUGAAGUCGGUAGUCCAUUUUAUGCACAUUUGUUUGAUUGGAUAUUCGCGCCACUGCCUAUUUACUGCAUUAGCAGGUGUUUUAGGGACAUGAGCGUCUCGUCAUUUUCUAUGCUGGCUUGCGACGGCUUGUGCGAACAAUUACACAUCGACAACUGCACGCGGCACACCGUAUGCCACAAGCUCAACAUCUCCGUGUGUUGCAUCGAGGACGACCCAUAUUUUAAAUGGAGCGAACCGGGCAUCGGUCGGUAUUUGUUUAUCAUGUUUGUCGUCGGUAUUGUGUCAUUUAGUGCACUUCUUAUCAAAGAAUACGGAUUUUUAAACAAGGCGCUACAUCCACGAAAACCCCAGCCAGCGCCUCCAGCUCCGGAGGAUGAGGACAGUGAUGUUGUUGCAGAGAGGCAGCACGUCCGUCAACUGACACUAGCUGAACUGCCUCUUCACAGCCUCGUGUGCAGGGACCUCACCAAGUACUACAAGCAGUUCUUGGCGGUGAACCGGCUCACGUUCGCGGUGCGCAAGGGCGAGUGCUUCGGGCUGCUGGGCGUGAACGGCGCCGGCAAGACGAGCACGUUCCGCAUGCUCACCGGCGACGCGCGCAUCUCCGCCGGCGACGCGUUCGUGCACGGAUACUCUCUGCGCGGACACGUACGCGACGUGCACCGGCUCAUCGGGUACUGCCCGCAGUUCGACGCACUGUUCGACAACCUCACCGGCCGCGAGACGCUGCGCAUCUUCUGCCUGCUGCGAGGCAUCCCUGCCGCGGUGGGGGCCGCCAGGGCGCUGCACCUCGCCACCACGCUGGGCUUCAUCAAGCACUACGACAAGAAGGUGCACGAGUGCAGCGGCGGUACCAAGCGCAAGAUCAGCACGGCCGUCGCGCUGCUCGGCGACUCGCCGCUGAUAUUCCUGGACGAGCCGACGACGGGCAUGGACCCCGCGUCCAAGCGGCUGGUGUGGGCGUGCGUGAACGAGGCGGCGGUGGCGGGCCGCAGCGUGGUGCUGACGUCACACAGCAUGGAGGAGUGCGAGGCGCUGUGCUCGCGGCUCACCAUCAUGGUCAACGGCCGGCUCUACUGCCUCGGCCCGCUGCAGCAUCUCAAGACCAAGUUCUCACAGGGUUAUACUGUUGUAGUUAAAUGUAAAUCUGGUGCAGAUAGAGAUGCCGAAGUAUCUAAAAUUAAUAACUACAUAAUGGAAAAUUUUAGUAAUGCAAAACUUUCUGAAACAUACCUGGGGAUCAGUACAUACCACCUGAAGGACGCGGAGCUGCCGUGGUGGCGCGUGUUCCACGUGAUGGAGGAGGCGCGCAAACAGUUCGCCAUCGAAGACUACUCGGUGUCGCAAACAACACUAGAACAAGUAUUCCUAAUGUUCACUAGAUUCCAAACAGGUGCGGAAAACAGUUAAAGGUUAUAUUAUAUAAUAUACAGUACAGUACAGUAUGAAACAAGUAACAACAUCUAGGGGAAGUGAUCUGUUUUCAACGGCGUAGUUAAUAUAAUUUUGUGUUAGCACUUAAGGCGUAAUGCACUGUAUAUUUCUAAACUCGUUGUUGUAAUGUUUGCAAGUAAAGAGUCUGGUUUGCUAUUUUUACACGCGGCCGACGUAUAUGCAGCUAUUUAUGGUACAAUUUGUUACAUACGUUUACACUGUUUAUGACGAUUGGGUUUACACGUGUAGCGUAGCUAGCAAAUCAUUGGAUUUAUAAAAUAGGAAUGUUGACUGUUAUUCUAACUACUUAGUAUGUUAACUAUUAUGGAAAUUAAUUAUAACAUACAAUACAGUAAUAACCGAGUAAUUAAUAAAUAGAAUGUCAAAAAUAACAACAUAACUAGAUAUAUCAGAAGUACAAGACUUCAAACAAUUUAGUGGUGAAUGUUUUGUCUUUUUCUUGCAAAACCUUACCGGUAACUCUCGCCACUGCUGUCGAAUGCCGUCUCUUUUUCAUCUUAGAAGAUAACAUUCAUGAUAUUAUUAUAAUAAUAUUCUUGCAUUCAUUAGAACUUCACAGUUUAUAAUUAAAUAAUAGUCAACAUCCCUAUACUUUAUAUUUUUAUGACAAUAAUAUUAUGAAAAUAUUAGAUGGACAAAUUGUGACUGCCAUAUUUGGUUUCCUAUAAUCUUUCUAUUCAUCGAUUCGUUGUUGGCGUGCAUUAGGCAUAUAAAUCAAGAUGUAAAAUACUGCAAAUUUUUAAAUCAUAUUAUUAGUAUAAUGGUCUAUUUAAAUAUUAAGUUUCGCUCAGUGACAACAGCCAGUAUAAAAAAGUGUAAUAAGUAGGUAAGUAUUUAUUUCAAUUUAAUAUGCAUACAACGGGAGCGGACUCGAGAGACUCAGCGUAUGCUUCCGAAUCCGAUCGUGCCGGCGCGGCGCCACGACUGCGACGAGAGCGCGCGGGGGGCUCGCGAGCGGGCGCAGGCGCGCGCCGCGAGCGUGGCGUCACAUCGCUUCUCGUCCGAUCCGAUGCCGAUACAUUUCUAUACGUACGGAUGCGCACGGUUACGGCCGGAGUGCUUAACUCUCAAUACGCGCGUCACAAACGUUUAUAAAUUAAAUUCUGUACAGUAUUAUAGAACAUACGGGUGGAGCCAUUUAACUUUAUUUAUUACUAGCUUUUGCCCGCGGCUCCGCUCGCGUUAUAAAGUUUUUCAGGCUAAAGUUUACCGUUAUAAAAGUAAUAGUUUCCCGGG